AUGCAGACCUCAAUCCCAGACCCCUGCCCCACAAACUCCGACCCAAAAACCAAUACGCAGUUGUACAAUAUUAGCAGUGUUGUAUAUACCUACCAUACCCGAUCCUCGUUCCCAGACUCAAGACCCAUACCGAUCCGCAACCCCAUGUUGCAGAGUCCAGACCACUUCGCGGUCACCACCUAG